AUGGAGACAAUCUCUUCAACAACGCUCAAACUUCAUUCACCCCUCCCGACCCACCGCUUGGCCGGCCGGGUCGCCCUCAUCACGGGCGGCGCCGGAAAAAUCGGCAUCGAAACCGCGGGCCGCUUCCUGCGCGAAGGUGCCAACGUCGUGCUCGUGGACAACAAUGCCUCCGCGCUAGAAGCAGCCCUUAAUGUUCUCCGAGAAGCCGUGUUCUCGGGUGAGCUGGUGUGCUCGCGGCUUCUGACGAUCAAAGCGGAGGUCACGGACGAAACGCAGGUAGAGGAGUGCGUGAAAGAGUCGGUGAAGCAGUUCAAGAGACUGGAUGUCGCGUUUCUGAAUGCGGGAACGGGAACGGUGGUGGGAAGUGAGGAAAGUGCGUGUUGGGAGACGGGGUUGGAGGAGUUUGAGAGGGUGAUGAGGGGCAACGUUAGGAGUGCAUUUCUCUGUUUGAAGCAUGUCGCAGCUGCAAUGCGAGACCUCGGCAACGGCGGGUCCAUAAUCCUCACUUCUUCCGUCGCCGGCUUACAUGGUAGCCCGGGCCAUAUCGCCUACUCCGCAUCCAAAUUCGCAUUACGCGGGCUCGCACUGACGGCGGCGGAAGAGCUGGGUCCUUACGGGAUAAGGGUAAACACUAUCCACCCUAGUCGAGUAGAGACGCCGAUGUUUCGCAAUUCGUGCAGCCGCGAGAAGAUGGAGGAGUUGCGGGCAGCGAUACCAUUGGGAAGGUGCGCACAGGUGGAUGAUGUGGCAAGCGUGGUCGACUUUUUGGCGAGCGAGGAUUCUAAAUUCAUGACGGGUGGUUUUUUGAAGAUUGAUGGGGGCAGCGUACCUUUCUGA